AUGGCUAAACGUAUUGCGGACACUCAGAUGACUCGAGAAGCACUCGAGGCAGCUGGCAGUGACGAAAAGGACACGACAACUCCUUCUCAAGAAGGAUUCAAGCAAGCGUCUAGUGAAGUGCUCAGCAAACGCAGAAUAGCACAACCUAGAAAACGGAAGAACCUGGGCUUUGGCAACGGCACUGGUAAUGGGAAUGGCUUUGGAAACCAGCAAGCCCCUGCGGCAAAUGCUUUUUCGUUUGGUCAAUCGUCGCCCGCCGCAUCCUCUAAUGCCACCACAUCGAAUGCUUUCGCUAGCGUAAAUGCACCUAAGAGCGUGAGUGAGCCAGCUUCCGUCUCAAGCACCGAUAUACCCGCUAAACGCAAUGCUUUGAACUUGCAGUUCCAAACCAAACUCUCUGAAUACAUCUCCAAUGAUCCCUGCGCUGACUUGUCAAGUGUAUGCGAUCAAUACAAAAGUCAUUUUCAAGAUAUCAUGAGCACACAAAACCUUGCCAAGACCCAAGCGACUACCACGUCAAAUCCGGAACCAAAGUCUACAGCCCCUGCUGUAGCUCCGGCUCCUGACUCUACUGCCAACAAGAUCAACGCAGUCCCAGAAUCCGAUUCCGAUUCCGAAUCUGACGCCGAAAUUAAAGUUCAGGGCCCUACAUUCACAUUAAGUGAAAAACCGACCGCUAAAAACUCUGUAUUUAGUUUUGGUCCUAAAAAGACCACAAAGGCGGAUACCAGUGAUUCAGAAAGUGACGUUGAGAUCAAGGGCCCUUCUUUCUCCUUCAAACCCUCUGCGGCCUCGGCUACUGCCAAGCCUGUUUUCAAGUUCAGUUCUGGAGAAUCUCGCAAAAGCUCCACUGACAAUAUUGGUGAUGCAGAAACUAUCAAUGCGACCACUAAGCAGGCCCCCAAAUUCAGUUUUGGCGCAUCGUCAAAGCCCUUUGGCUCUACGGAAAAACCAACUUCUGUUUCUGAUACCAGUAGUUCGGAACAGCCGCCAAAAGCUUCCUUCGGUUUUGCUCAGCCAUCCAAGAACUUGAAUACUUCCACUGAAACGCAAGAAGCUAAGACGCCUUCAUUCUCUUUUGGCGCUAAUACAGCAGCGAAGUCAGAUAGCAAUGGAGUGAAGUCGAAACCAGCUUUUUCCUUUGGACAAACUGCUUCUACCGCGAACACCGAGAAGGCAGCGGAAAAACCCGCGUUCAAGUUUGGAGCAUCGAACACCUCAGUCAACAGCGAUGAUACGGUUAAGAAACCCAGCUUCGCGUUUGGUGCAUCCACAGCAUCUGGGGAGAAGGCUGAGGAAACUCCUACAAAAGAAACUGAAAAAGCCUCUGGAGAAAAGACUGAAAAACCUUCUUUCAGUUUUGGCUUUUCCGCCUCUUCGAACGAUUCCGCCACCUCGGGAUCCAAUGGAAACAAUCUGUCGAGCACUAAGCCAGCACCGUUCUCUUUUGGGUCCACACCUGGGUCUGACGAGUCCACAAAGCCAAAGCCAAAGCCCUCAUUUGUCUUCGGCCAAAAGUCAGAAACGCAGCAAAGCGAAGUUGAAAAGCCUAAGCCCUCCUUCACAUUCGGAUCAGCCAAUACUUCUUCAGCUCCAAGUUUUACGUUUGGUAAGCCAGCUGAGGUCAAGGAAACACCUUCCAGUGGCUUCAAGUUCAGUCUGCCUUUUUCAUCGGCUUCGGCGUCGACAGAAAUCUCUAAUAACACUAAAGAACCACAACCCGAAAAUACUGUUGCCACGGAACUGCAACCAGAAGAAGAAACAAAGACGAUGACUAUGACCAAUGGUGAAGAAGGGGAAGCUCUACUUUUCUCCAAGCGCGCCAAGCUAUUAUUGGUCAACCCUGAUACAAAAGGCUACGAUUCGAAAGGUACCGGAGAGUUGAAGCUUCUACAGGACAAAGAUGACAAGACCAAGGUAAGGAUAUUGUGCAGAUCAGAUGGAAUGGGACAUGUGCUUCUCAACACGAGCGUCGUGAAGGCCUUCCAAUACGUUCCGGCUGAUGCAGAGAGGGAAAACUUCGUUAAAUGUCCGGUAGUCAAUGGCGAAGGAAAGCUUGAAAAUUACGUUCUUCAAGUCAAGCAAAAAGCAGAUGGUCGGCAAUUGUGCAAAUCUAUAAAAGAAGCGCAAGACGGCAUGUAA